GUCCUCCUCUCUGGGCAGCCCCUCCAAGCGACCAACAAGCCCCUUAGCAAGCCGCAAGCCGCAACCUGCCUGCCUUGCCUGGGCUGCUUCUCGAGCCGCCGACUGACAUCUCCUCCUGCGCUCAACCUUUCCCUUUUCCUUCCGUCGAGCCUUCUUCGCCUGGGCUUCAUCCUUCUCCAGGCCACUUGAUUGCGCUUCAAAAUGGCUUCCAGCUUUGCUUCCAAGCGGCUGGCCAAAGAGUUGUCCAAGCUCAACUCUGGCCUGCCCCCCGGUAUCGAGCUCAUUUCGGCCGACAACUUCGAAGAAUGGAUCAUGGACAUCAAAGUCUUGGACGACAACCCGCUAUACAAAGACCAGGUUUACAGGCUGAAAUUCAAGUUCUCGCAACAAUAUCCCAUAGAACCCCCAGAGGUCACCUUCGUCAAGACCACCGAGCGACCGAUUCCCAUGCACCCUCAUAUCUACUCCAAUGGCAUCAUCUGUCUCGAUCUUCUCGGCAGUCAAGGCUGGAGUCCUGUACAGAACGUCGAGAGCGUCUGCAUGAGCAUACAGAGCAUGUUAACAGGCAACGAAAAAAACGAGCGACCGGCGGGAGAUGACGAGUUCGUUCGGAGCAAUCGCUUGCGCCCUAGAGAUAUCGACUUCUACUAUCACGAUAACACCGUUUGAACAACACAAGACAUUUGCGCGGCAGGUUUGGGUAUGGCGUUGUAUCGGAUUUCGGCAUACGGAUAGGGAAUCCCAGGACAAGCAGAGUAUUCAGGGGUUGAUGCUCUGCCGAGGGGAAGAAGAUGAGGUGACCAACAC